CCAGAGCUCCUGCUUUAAACAUUCAUGACACAUCUUGAGCAACAGGGAGUAGAUGUGGAGGCUCAGCCAGAGAAAGUGCUUCCUAUGUUAGACAGAGGGAACCUAAGGGUGGAUGAGGCGGAUGUAGAUAACAGUCAAUUGAAGUUCAGCACAGUAGGGGGGCCAACACCUGCUGAAUGAACCCCGUCAGUGUCGGGGAGUACCAUGGCCUGCGGGUGGGCUCGGCCUUACUUGGCAUUGUGGCAGGCUGCAUCAUUAUUGGCGUCUCGAGGGAGUGUGAUGCUGAUGCUGUGGGAGGUAUUUUCCUGGGAGCAGGGGGUCUGGGCCUGCUCAUAUCAAUAUACCCCUUCAUAAAAGCUUGGCUGAACAUCAACCAUAUAAUUCCCUCCUUUGGAAACUUCAGAGUGCACCCUGCAGCUGCCAACCCUGCUCCGGAGCAACAGAUCGAAACAAUAAGACGGGAGGGGACACAGAGUCAGCUCAAUCUGGAACGCUGCAAGAGUCGUAUGGGCACGUUUGUGGAUGCAGGGCAGGGGGCAGAGACCAACCCUGAUGAAGGGACAUCUUCAGACAUGCCUGACGUCCUUUCAAGGUGGAAACAAAAACAGUCACUACCUGAUCAAGGCCCUGACCUGCCCUGAAGUGUCUUUUUUUUUAUUUUUCAAGAUGACCUAUAUCAUAAAGAGUUUAAAGUAACAAUUUUUCAACCGUACCAUAAAAUAUUAAACCAAAUGUUUCUGAUUAUCUUCCAACUGUUUACACUGUCUGUUGUGUUUGUCGAAUGAUACUCCUUGGUCUGAAGAUAAAACUGUACUGGUACUGUUCUUUAGAGAGUUGGCCUGGUGUAGUCUCUCUUGUUUGCUGCUCGUCUCAUCAUCACACAAUGUUCCUAUAGCCACCAAUUAAGAAAUGAUUAUGGUCGUUAUGUGAUGUUGGGUCUCAUACGUAAUUUUGCUCAGGUUCCAUCGCUAACAUUAUCCCUAAUGGUAAUACAGCUUGUACCUGUGACCAGAUA